AUGGAAGUUAAAAACAAAUCAGUGGUUUUGGAUAUUUUUCUUCGUGGACUCACAGAUGAUACAGAGCUGCAGCCCUUCAUCUUUGGCUUUUUUCUGUGUAUGUACUUGAUUACCAUCUUUGGAAAUCUUCUUAUAAUAUUGGCCAUCAACUGUGACUCUCACCUCCACACCCCCAUGUAUUUCUUUCUCUGUCAUCUCUCCUUUAAUGACAUGUAUUUAAUUAACAUCACAGUCCCAAACAUGUUGUGGAAUAUACAAACACAGGAUCACAGAAUCACUUUUGCUGGCUGCCUCAGCCAGGGAUGCUUUGUGGCUGUUUGUGUCAUCUUUGAGUCUUUUCUCCUUGGAAUAAUGGCCUAUGACCGCUAUAUAGCCAUCUGUUUUCCAUUAAGAUACACAGUCCUCAUGAAUCCCUGCUUCUGUGUUAUUCUGGUUCUUAUCACUUUAUUUAUUAGUAUUGUAAAUGGUCUGCUGCAUAGUUUGAUGGUACUGCACUUGACCUUCUGCACAGACCUGGAAAUCCUCCACUUCUUCUGUGAAAUUGCUCAAAUCCUCAAGCUUACCUGUUCUGAUAGCCUCAUCAACAACAUCUUGAUAUUUGCUACAGCUUCUAUUUUUGCUGGUGUUCCUCUGCUUGGAAUAAUUUUAUCUUAUUUUCACAUUAUUUCUACAGUAUUGAAAAUGCCAUCAUCAGAAGGAAAGUACAAAGCCUUUUCCACUUGUGGGUCUCAUUUGUCAGUUGUUUCCUUGUUCUAUGGGACAGGAUUUGGUGUAUACAUUACCUCAAAUGUAAUUGAUGCACCACAAAAGAUUGCUGUGGCUUCAGUUAUGUAUUCUGUAGUUCCUCCAAUGUUGAAUCCCUUUGUCUAUAGUUUAAAGAACGGGGAUAUGAAGGAGGCACUGAAGAAAGUUCUUGUUAGACUCUCUUCUGUUAUGUAUGAUGAGCCUGGGGCUUGGUUAUAG